GAGAGAGACACUGGCCUGUCGCAUGUUGGCGCCUGUCUGAUUCCGAGUACCGAAGCCUCAACAGCUCACUCAACCUACCAUAUCGAAGGGCCUCCGAUUCCAUGACCACCCAAAGGACGACAACAACACUGCUAUAGUAAGCCAAAGAUACCCGCAGAGUCACCACCAUCGAUCAUGGCGCCCUCACUCUCCAAACCCGUCCUCCCUGUGUUUCGGGACCGCACCGUCAAGGGCAUCAUCACCCAGCUCACGUCCAUGUACCUCGACAACCGCACCCGCAUCUCACGCGCCGUCUACAUCACCUUGUUUGUCGCCCUCGUCAACCGCGUGCGCCACGCCAUCGCCGAGCAAAAGGCCGCCUCCGUUCGCGACGCCGCCAAGCGCGCCGAGCGCCAGGGCACCACGGCCUCGACCUCGGACGAUGCCUUGGGCGGCAAGAAGAAGAAAGUGGAGCUGAACCGCGACUUCUUUCGCUCGCUGUUGCGGUUGCUCAAGAUCGUUGUGCCCGGCUGGCGCAGCAAGGAGACGAGGCUGUUAAUCAGCCAUAGUUUCUUCUUGGUGCUGAGGACGCUGAUCUCGCUCAAGGUGGCGGCUAUGGAUGGUGCGAUUGUCAAGGCGUUGGUCAAGGGCAACGGAAGGGAGUUUAUCACGAGGAUCGUGUAUUGGAUGUUGAUUGCGGUGCCGGCCACAUUUACAAAUUCUAUGCUUUCAUACCACCAAGCCGAAUUGUCGUUAAAGUAUAGGACGAGAUUGACGCAGUAUAUCCACGACAAGUACCUUUCGCAGCUAACCUUUUACGGUAUCUCUGCGCUAGAUGACAGAAUCAAGAACCCCGAUCAGCUCAUUGCGGUGGAUGUGGCCAAGUUCUCCAAUAGUUUGGCAGAAUUGUACAGCAAUUUGGCUAAGCCGAUCCUUGAUAUGACAAUCUACACCUUCUCGCUAUCAAAGAGCGUCGGUGGAGAGGGUGUCGUAUUCAUGUCCCUUCUAGUCCAGCUCUCCGCAAACGUCAUGCGAGCGCUAACACCGCCCUUUGGCAAAUAUGUUGCUGAAGAAGCGAGACUAGAGGGCGAGUUCCGCUUCCAGCACUCCAGACUGAUAGACCACAGUGAAGAAGUCGCCCUAUACGCCGGUCACGAAGCCGAGAAGGACACGCUAGACAAGGGCUAUUUCACCUUGAUCAAGCACGUCAACUACAUCUUGCGCCGGCGCUUCUACCACAGUUUCAUGGAAGAUUUCGUUAUCAAGUACUUCUGGGGCGCACUGGGCUUGAUGCUCUGCAGCGUUCCCGUUUUCGUCAAGCUACCGGGCCAGCUCCAGAUGAACAUGGGUGAUCGCACCGAGACGUUUGUGACAAACCGGAGAAUGCUCCUGUCGGCUUCGGACGCCUUUGGCCGUAUCAUGUUCUCGUACAGGGAGAUCAUGGAGCUGGCGGGCUACACAUCCCGCGUCUCGUCACUGCUGGAGGUCAUGGACGACAUUCAGAACGGACACUUUGAGAAGAAGCUGGUGUCUAGUUCGGGUACAGAGGAUAACGAAGCUGUGCUCAAGGGCAGAGGUAAAGUGGUGGAGAGUAGGGAUAUCGAGUUUAUCGAUGUCCCUAUCAUUUCCCCCAACGGCGACGUCCUCGUCAAAGCCCUCUCCUUCAAGCUCAGAGCAGGUGAUCACCUCCUCGUCGUCGGCCCCAACGGCUGCGGCAAGUCCUCCCUCUUCCGCAUCCUCGGCGGUCUCUGGCCCGUCUACGGCGGCACCGUCCACAAGCCGCCCUUUACCGACAUCUUCUACAUCCCGCAGCGUCCCUACCUCUCUCGGGGAUCCCUACGCCAGCAAAUCAUCUACCCGGACGGCCUGCGCACCAUGCGCGCCAAGGGCGUCACCGAUGCCGACCUGCUCGCCAUCCUCAAGGUCCUCAACCUCGAGCACCUGCUCCAGCUCUACCCGGAAGGGUGGGACGCCGAGGCCGAGUGGCGCGAUGUUUUGUCGGGCGGCCUCCAGCAGCGCGUCGCCAUGGCCAGGCUGUUCUACCAUAAGCCCCGCUAUGCCAUCUUGGACGAGUGCACGAGCAGCGUGACACUUGAAACGGAGAAGGUUAUGUAUGACAAUGCCAAGGCACUGGGCAUCACGCUCAUGACGGUGUCGCAUCGUCGUAGCUUGUGGAAGUACCAUACCCACAUUUUGCAGUUUGAUGGACAGGGGAAGUAUGUAUUCACAAAGCUGGAUGCGGAGAAGAGGCUGGAGCUGGAGGAUGAGAAAGAGGAUUUGGAUGUGUUAUUGAGGCAGGUGCCUGAGUUGGAGAGGAGGAUUGCUGAGUUGACUGCUGAGUAACAUGUGGGAUGGCUUGAUGAUUACAUGUAUAUGGUGAGAUGAAAUGAGACGAAAGUGGAAUCGAAGGUUGGUGAGUAAUGGUUUCAUCACCGAGGGGCAGGAAGGAUGGGUCUGACUGGACCCUCGGAGAAUCCCGCAAAAACUGCAGUAUAUCCUGGAUGGCUUCAUUGUCCUUUUUUUUUUGCUUUUUGGAUAGCAACUUGUUU